CACCUUGCGAGACUGACCGUUGGUCUUGAAAUGGGCUUCCUGCGCGCUCGUCUAUAGUAUUUCUCUUCAUGAAGUAGCUGAAUGAUACGUACACGAAGGAAGCAUGUCUGAACUAUCAACUUAUUCGGCUCCUGCUCACGCUGGGAUGCAGUUUACUAAACGGAUUCACAAUAAAGCCGAAGGCCCAACUGACCCAAACAACAUCAAGCUUCCAAGCCAUUUCACCGUUGUGGUCACAGGAGCAGGGAAAGGACUCGGUUACGCCAUAGCAGUGGCAUAUGUGAAAGCUGGCGCAGGCGGGAUUUCCAUAUCUUCCAAUACGCAGUCAGACCUGGAUAAAUUGAAGGCUGAGCUGGAGAGUAUCAACCCCAAAGUGAAAGUUAUCACUAAUAUCUGCGACACGAGGAAGGAUUCAGACGUCAAGAAGCUGUCUGAAGAUGUAAAGGCGACGUUUGGUCGCGUAGACGUCGUUGUUGCCAAUGCAGGCAUUAUUUCGAAGUAUCUGAUUGAGUCAGACGGACGGAGAAAGAUUCCACAAGGUGUUGUGGAGGAUGACGACUUCGAGCGUGUAAUUGAUGUAAACCUGACUGGUAGCCGACGGACGGCAAAAUAUUUCGUACCUUUACUCAGGGAUACCAGGGAUGGAGCAAAGACCUUCAUCGUUAUCACAUCAAUGGCUGCGCAUUCGACCGAUAGCAUGCUAGUUUCAGAAGCAUACAUCUUGAGCAAAAUUGCGAACAAUCGGAUGGCUGAGCUUAUUCAUAAUGAUCAUUAUGAGAAAGACGGGAUUUUGGCAUACGCCGUUCAUCCAGGUGCGGUACUUACGCCGCAGACACAAGGUCAUAGCAAUGAAAAAGGUGAUAUAUGGGAGCAAAUUCUGUCCGAUGAUGUUGGGUUGUGCGGAGGUUUUCUGACGUGGCUAACUUCCGAAAGACGACCUUGGCUCUCCGGUAGAUACAUCUCUGUCAAUUGGGAUACGGAGGAAUUGGAGGCAAUGAAGGAUGAGAUUGUGAAAACCGACAAGCUGAAAAUGAGAAUGGUAGUUUAGCUUUGAAUUUCAAACCGAAUUUUCAGUUAUACCCC